AUGAAGAGAAGGAAGAAAAGAACAAGAAGUCCAGAAGAGGACCCAGCUGAAGGAAGAAAAUCUAAGAAAACGAGACAGGACGCCAAAAGAACGCCGUCCUUUGAUAUUACCAACUACAGCGCGUUGGCAGAGCUGGGAAAAGGCAGCUUCGGCAGAGUGAUUUUAGCUUCCUAUGACAUCAAUGACGAACUUGUGGCAGUGAAGGUCAUCCAGAAGAAACAGGAGAAGGACUUCAGAUAUAUCAGAAGAGAGGCCAAGAUACUGCAGAUAGCUGGAGGAUGCCCAUUUCUGUGCAGGGCAUUUGCAACAUUUCAAACGGAGUCCCUCAUAUUAUUUGUCCUGGAGUACAUCAAUGGCGGCACAAUGGACAAGCUUAUAAAGCGCCAAGGACAACUGGACACUAAUCAAAUACUGUUUUAUUCUGCAGAACUGAUUGUGGGGUUGGAGUUCCUGCACACCAACGGGAUUGUUCAUCGUGACCUCAAGCCAGAAAAUAUUUUGAUGGAUGAAGAAGGCCAUGUGAAGAUCGGAGAUUUUGGCCUUGCACGUACCAACAUAUUCAGCCCUGAGACAUGCCGUGGGUACUAUGGCACACCAGGGUAUAUUGCCCCAGAGGUGAGAUUAUCAGUUCCCAUACAUUUGCUUAUUAUAAUACUUAGAAUAUGUUUUAUUUAACAGCAAGUGCCAUGUAGCUGUAGAACACGCCUGCCUGGUUUCCUUAAACCUUGAGCAAGGACAUAACCAUUCACUCGGAGUUCUCACUCUAUGAUUGCCAAAUCAAAGUCUAAUACUUGAAGAG